CCGGCGGCAAAAAAGGGGACACACGCAGGACUGAGGAGGAACUGAGAAUGAAUGACCGCGUUCAAACAAAGUGACCGUGAGUUUCUGUUGGGAAAGCAUCAAGAUCUGCAGCAAACUGUGCAGGAUUGCCUUCAUCUCCAAAUCCGGGUUGCAGCCGGUUUUUCACCUUAAUCUAUCAACUAAACGUAUGGACUUAUGGAAGUUGCCACCUCUGUAUCUCAUGAAUUUGUGACCACUGCAAAAUAAAAGAGGGAAAAGAAAGAAAGCAACUGUCUGAUUGAUGAGUGGAGUCCUGCUCAAACCCUGGGUAGAUGAAACAUCCUUUUUCAAGUGGGGAAACUGCAGAAACUGUGAGAAAAAUCAUCAAUGAGAAUCACCUGUCAUUGAAAGUGGGAGGACACUUGACACUAUGGGAGAGUGCAAAGAACAGAGUGAUUGGCAGGAGGAGGAGAGUCUGACGGAGGAGCAGAGGAAUGUUGGCAGCCAUUUAGUCUGAGCUCAACAACGGCGGAAACAUGGAUUCUUCACAAAAAAAAUGUAAACACAGCCAUGGAGUGAGAUGUGGGACCUCUGAGGAGGAUAAGGAUGGUUCAGCAACAACAGCAAAAAGAGAUGAAUCACUGAGUUGUGUGCAAUGUGGCAAGACUUUUGUCACAGCAACAAAGCUAAGAAUUCACAAAUGUAUUCACACUGUGGAGAAACCAUUCAGCUGUGAUCAAUGUGGAAAGGCUUUUACUCACAAGAGUGAUCGAGCAGAACAUCAACUCAUUCACAGUGGAGUUAAACCAUUCAACUGUGAUCAAUGUGGAAAGGCUUUUACUCACAAGAGUACUCUAGCAAAACAUGAACUCAUCCACAGUGGAGUUAAACCAUUCAACUGUGAUCAGUGUGGAAAGGCUUUUACUCAGAAGAGUCACUUAAAAAGUCAUCAACUCAUUCACAGUGGAGUUAAGCCAUUCAACUGUGAUCAGUGUGGAAAGGCUUUUACUCAGAAGAGUCACUUAAAAAGUCAUCAACUCAUUCACAGUGGAGUUAAGCCAUUCAACUGUGAUCAGUGUGGAAAGGCUUUUACUCACAAGAGUCACUUAAAAAGUCAUCAACUCAAUCACAGUGGAGUUAAACCAUUCAACUGUGAUCAGUGUGGAAAGUCUUUUACUGACAAGAGUACGUUAAAAGAUCAUCAAUUCAUUCACAGUGGAGUUAAGCCAUUCAGCUGUGAUCAGUGUGGAAAGGCUUUUACUCACAAGAGUGCGUUAAGACGUCAUCAACUCAUUCACAGUGAAGUUAAACCAUUCAGCUGUGAUCAGUGUGGAAAGGCUUUUUCUCAGAAGAGUACUCUAGCAAAACAUCAACUCAUCCACAGUGGAGUUAAACCAUUCAACUGUGAUCAAUGUGGAAAGGCUUUCACUCACAAGAGUACUCUAGCAAAACAUCAACUCAUCCACAGUGGAGUUAAACCAUUCAACUGUGAUCAGUGUGGAAAGUCUUUUACUGACAAGAGUACGUUAAAAGAUCAUCAAUUCAUUCACAGUGGAGUUAAGCCAUUCAGCUGUGAUCAGUGUGGAAAGGCUUUUACUCACAAGAGUCACUUAAAAAGUCAUCAACUCAUUCACAGUGGAGUUAAACCAUUCAACUGUGAUCAGUGUGGAAAGGCUUUUACUGUCAAAAGUAACUUAAGAAGUCAUCAACUCAUUCACAGUGAAGUUAAAGCAUUCAGCUGUGAUCAGUGUGGAAAGGCUUUUACUCACAAGAGUGCGUUAAAAUGUCAUCAACUCAUUCACAGUAGAGUUAAACCAUUCAACUGUGAUCAGUGUGGAAAGGCUUUUUCUCAGAAGAUUAUGUUAAAAAGACAUCAACUCAUUCACAGUGGAGUUAAACCAUUCAACUGUGAUGAGUGUGGAAAGGCUUUUACUGACAAAAGUAACUUAAGAAGUCAUCAACUCAUUCACAGUGAAGUUAAAGCAUUCAGCUGUGAUCAGUGUGGAAAGGCUUUUACUCACAAGAGUGCGUUAAAAUGUCAUCAACUCAUUCACAGUAGAGUUAAACCAUUCAACUGUGAUCAGUGUGGAAAGGCUUUUACUGACAAGAGAAACUUAAAAAGUCAUCAACUCAUUCACAGUGGAGUUAAACCAUUCAACUGUGAUCAGUGUGGAAAGGCUUUUACUGACAAGAGAAACUUAAAAAGUCAUCAACUCAUUCACAGUGGAGUUAAACCAUUCAACUGUGAUCAAUGUGUGAAAACCUUUACUCAACAUGAACAGUUGUUGAUCCAUCAAUGCCCCCAUUCUGGUAGAAAGCGGUACCACUGUGACUCCUGUGAAAAAACUUUCAAGCACCAACAAAGCUUAAAAUGUCACCAACGCAUCCACACUGGAUAUGAUGUGUAUGUAUGUGAUUACUGUGGCAAACUAUUUGUACAGUACUCACAGUUAAAAGCUCAUGAAGUGACCCACACUUGGGUUAAACCAUACAUUUGUGACCAGUGUGGGAAACGCUACAGCUACAUUGCAAACCUCAAAGUUCACCAACGUGUCCACACUGGGGAGACACCAUACAGAUGUGACGAGUGUAAGAAGACUUUUACAACUUUGUAUUCCCUGAAACAACACCAGCAGAUCCACACCAGAAAGAAAGCAUUCAAUCAGUGUCACAGUGAGCAGAACGGAACAGAUGGACAAAACUCUCAGACUUGUCAGCACUCUGCCAAUGGUGAACAGUGCUGCUUUGACCAGUCUGGACCGACGUCCAAUCAACAAGGAACCCUACAACGACACCAGCGUAUGCACACUGGACACAGACUGAACCCCUGCCAAGAAGAUUUCUCCAUGCAGGGUUCAGUAAAAGUUCAUGAAGUCCUCCACAAACUUAAAGUCCUUGAGAUCCGGCUUCACAGAAUUCAGGUCUAAUUUCUUGUUUAGUGUCUUCGUUGCAAAAUCCAUUAAGAGGAAAGCUGUCGUUAACAGACGUGACUGGUAAAUUAAUUAAACAAUUCAAAGUGGUUACUCAUUUAAAUGAAUUAUCAGUGGCAGAGGGAUAGACGUGUGGAUGGAGGCAGUGAGCAGCAGGUAGAAUUUCCUCAAUUACCACCCUUGAAGCUGCGGUCAAUUUUCCCCUGAAAUUUCUGCUGAAGAUGUACAGAAAGUAAAUUGAAUGCUGUUCUUGAACUGUUUGGAGUACAGGCAUGGCUGGGGUCUCCUUUGAAAGCUGACAACCUGAAUUUUCACCCAGUGCAGUCAGAAGUACUCUAGGUGCUACUGACACAGAGUUAUUUAUGUUGGAACACACUGAAUUAGGAUGAAUUUUAUUUUCGCCUAAAUUUUUUCCCUAAUACAACACCUGAAAAUUAGUGUGGCAGCACUGUGACAGCUUGAAACACAACAAGGCAACAGCCUGGGGUCUUACAUAGUUCAGGACAAAAUUUCAGAGCAAUACUACAAGAAAUGAGUGUUUCACACGUUUUUGUACUAAUAUGCCCAAUUAUGUCAAUUUUGGACACCCUAUGUACACCCUGUGCAAAAAUGGUAUAUGUUCGUUUAUCAGCCCUUUUUCACAUUAUUUUCACUCCAAAAACUCAUAAAGAACUCAAAAAAUCACUUCAGAUAAGCUUCAGUGUGGAUCUUGAUCUGAAUCAGAGGCACAGACGGAGACAGAAAAGCUGCAGCUCCUGGCCGCAGCAGGAGAGCAGGAGGUGUGAAAAAUCACACAGAGCCGCUAAAACCCGCCUCUCGGCUAUUCAGCAAGCUCAUUGGCUACAUGCCCUGUCCGUCAAACGUUUCCUCCGACGUGAUUUGCUCAGAAUUUACUGAUGAGAUGAGGGUCACCAGAUCCAUCGUUGGCUGUUUAGGCUUCGGAGGCAGCGAUGAGUCACUUGAUUGGUUGAAAUGCGGUUGGAAUCGAAAGCAGAGGCUUCAGUCGCCUUUUUCAGACCGAGACCGUGUGGAUUUCUGAAUCCUUCAUAAAAUUAUGGACAAAAAUGCAGUGAAUUAUGGAACGCGCGGCUCCACCAUGCGCCACGUGGACGCGCACGGAGCCGAGCUAUUUGUGGAUUAUUUACUUAUUUCUAGACAUGUUUUGGACAAAAUAUUAUACUUGCUAGUAUUGUCUGGAUGACUACUCUUGGAUUAUGGCCAGUUUUUGUGGAUUAUUUUCAUCGUUGACCGGUAAAAGACUGUCCAAAGGUAAGUUAUGCCCUUUAUGUGUCCUUUAAAUUUUUGUUGUUUGUUUUAGAAAUGUGUUUAUAUUACCCGCUGUGGUAAUCACAUCAGAAAGUGGUUUAUACCGGCGGAUUCAUGAGACUCUAAGCUUUCCAUGCAUGUAUAGUGUUUCUAUCAUCGCGUUUGAAGCUAAAACUGCUUUUGCUGUUAAACUUCAGCAGGCCAUUUUGGGCCCGAAUAUGGGCCCGUGCGGGUUAAGUGGUUGUUCCUCAGAUCCCUCUGGGCUGCAGGAACCCGUUAGAUGCAGAGCUGGUUCAGUGAUUCUCUGAUGGUUAAUCAUAAUUAAUUUAGGAGAUUACUGACCGUAGGUAUCUAUCUAUCCAUCUAUAAUCUAUCAUCUAUCUGUAGGAAUCUCUAAUAUUGAACAAGUAGAUCAACUAAUCUCAGAUUACAUGCGAGUUGAAAUAAAAAAACAUGAAGUGUUGGAUGAAAAGUCCAAUCUUUGAAAGCUGACAUGUAGUUUAGAAUCAUUUCUUUGUAAAUUAGCUGCAUCCAGUCAUUACCAUGACAUAGGCAUCAUGGAACCAUGACCACAUGUAUGUGUCUGGAGAUAGUGGCAUUUUUAUAAUGGCACAUUUUCAUGCUUUGACAGAUACAGUGAGGAAAAAAAGUUUUCAGACACCCAGAAAAUUUUUACACAAUCUUAAAUAUCAUCAUGAAAUAUUUGUUAGUCUUUUUGUGUGUUUCUAAGGGUGUGGCUGCAUCAGACAGACACAAAUACAAAUGAUAUAUUUUUUUGUUUGUUGUUUACAAGAAAAACUAACCAAACUAAAUUCUACCAAAUUUCUCGUUUUAUGGAACCAGUCAAUUUUCAGUUUUUCAUGUCUUUUUUAGGAUGUGUUUAUUUUUAUGAUUGUACUAAAAUAAAUGACUCUUGAAGACCUCAAAGUGAUUCUUAAUGCAGUAUUUCAGAAAUGUAUGGGAUGUCCAAAAACUUUUUUCCACUGCUGUAUUUAACAACAAUCUGAUCUGCUGAUGUUAGCAAGACAAACAAGUGAAGGUUUCAGGCUUUUAUCUAGAAUUGUUCUUGAGAUAUUCAUCCUCAAACAGCCUCAAAUUUCAAUGUGAGAAAAGAAAAACGAGUGAAACUGGGUCUACAGUCCACUGAAAAACCUCUAAGAAAGUAUCUGACAUAUUGGGUGAUGUGUACGACCCAGCACCCACAGCUGGUUGGGUGUCAUGUGGCUCUGCGUUCUGAUUGGAUGAUUGUCCAACCACUGCCACAAGUAUGAAGGUCAUCCUGCAGGCGUGGCAGGAACACGGAGUGGAAACACAAUAGGUGUGUUCAUCUGGCUAUGCUGAGGGAACCCUCUACUUCAAGCUCAUGGAGAACAUCAUAGUAGGUAGAGUCCCUAUAUUAUCAGAGUAUUGACAUGACGGGUCCAAAAAAUUUUGGUCACGUGAUCUAUAUGCGCCAUUUUGUUUCCUAUUCAUGAACGCCGGGUUUUCUGUUAACGUUGUUUACACUGCAGACAGUAAUUCUCGGUCCUUUUUCGCUUCUUAAAUACCUGAAAAAUGAUGGGCUGUUGUGCCUUUGGGUGCACAAAUCGAUCGUAGAAGGGAUUCCACAUGUUUAGAUUUCCCAGUAAUAGUCAAAGAAGGAAACUGUGGGAAAAUAAAGUCCGGAGAGUGGGAUGGAAACCGACUUCAUCGUUUUUGUGCCAGGUUAGUCCCAUGUAUGUACUUUCAUGUUAUGGUGUAUGGGUGAAUGACAGACAAAAAAGUUUGAUGUGAUUUUAGGCAGUUGUGGUUAUUUUGACUUUGACCAUAUUCAUGCAUGGAGAUGUGUUACUGGUGACUGUUGGGUACCGUAACCCGUUAAACUUCCGUAUACGGGCUGUCUUGAGAUGUGCUAACGUAUUUUGCUAAAUUUACCGAAGCUGCAAACUCGAUGAUAGAAACAUUAUACACCCAUGGAAAGCUUAGAUUCUCAUGAAUCCACCGGUAUAAACCACUUUCAGAUGUGAUUACCACAGCGGGUAAUAUAAACACAUUUGUCCAACAAAUAACAUAAACAGCAAAACUCACCUUUGAAUCCUCAUAACUAGUCACAGAUGAAAAUAUUCCACUAAAAACGGCCAUAAUCCAACCUUGGACAUCCAGAAAAAACAAGCCAGUAAUAUUUUGUCCAAAACAUGUCUUCAAAUCAGUAAACAAUCCACAAGUAGCAAGUUUUUGUGAAUGUGCACCUCGCGCAGCGCGUCCCAUAUUGAGUGAAUAGAAACAAAAUGGCUUCAAAUCCCCAGUUGUCGCUGCUCUGAUAAUACAGGAGCUCUAAUAGUAGAUGCUGGUUACUGCCCCCUACAGGUCUCUACACAGUCCUUAAUCCUGGAGAAUUAGAAAAUGACUAAAAAAUAUAUUUCAACUUUAUAUAAUAAAAAAUUAACUUACGCUCAACUUCUCACAUGACUAAUUAACCCUGUCCUGUGGGUCAAAAUGGACUCGUUUUAAAGUUUGAAAAUGUGGGAAAAAAUAUAUAUUUUCACAGUGAAACUUCUGAUGUCCACGUUUUCAACAUUUUUGGGAAAUCUUUGAACAUUUUUAGGUGGAAAUAAAAACUUAAAAAUAUUUCUAAAGAACAUUCACAAAAAAUCAACCAAAAUCCAGCGAAAUUCACGGGAUUGUUGAUGAUGUUUUUAAAGAAAAUAUUAGAAGUUUUACUGAAAUGUAUAUAAUCACUUUAGAUAUUUUUAGGAUUUUUUUUGGAAGAUUUUUACUCAUUUUUAAAAAAAAUAGUGACAACAAUUUUCUUGCCAAAUUUGGGUGAUUUUUGAAAAGAAAACUUUUAUAAAAUUACUGGAAUUUUCUUCCUGAAGGUUUUACAAAUUUUCAGAAAUUUGGGGAAUUUUUUUAGACAAGGAAACAAUGUUUUUUGUUGCCUGUAAAUGAGGAAAACAGGAGGGUUAAAACAUUAAAAUGCAACAUUAUUAAGGUUUCUUUUAUGAAACGUUUUUCAUCAACAAGUACACAAAAUAGAUUAAAAAUAUAAUCUAACAUAUUUACUGAUUAAAAACUUUGAAUUUCUUCUUUAUGUUGUUCUUCUGCAUAACUCACUAUUUCAAACUGGCUCAUGUUACUUCCAUGUGAUCUGCCAUUAAAACGGCCACAUUCUACCAUAAACACUGUAAAUAAUAACACACCUGCUCAAAGUUAAAGGCCAACAUACGACCCAAACAUGACAUGGAUUUGGUGCCACUUUGAACUAAGAUGAUCUCUUCUGUUAAACAAACCGUUGAUUGUGAAUCUUUUUUCCAGAUAUGAAGCUGCUCCUUCCAGGUCCACAGACAGUAAACAAAACAAAGCUCUCUGUAAAAACCCUCAGAAUGUUGAAUAGAAUAAAUGUGGACAGUUUCAUGAC